CUCCGAGAGACCGGUGGACCUCGGCAAACCCUUGCUUCUCGACCACCCACCAACCACUCGCGGAAGCAUGGCGGCAGUGGCGGCAGCUUCAGCUGAGCUGCUCAUCAUCGGCUGGUACAUCUUCCGCGUGCUGCUGCAGGUGUUCCUGGAAUGCUGCAUUUACUGGGUAGGAUUCGCUUUUCGAAAUCCUCCAGGGACACAGCCCAUUGCGAGAAGUGUUCAGGUACUCCCUGCAGAAGCUGGCGUACACGGUGUCGCGGACCGGGCGGCAGGUGUUGGGGGAGCGCAGGCAGCGAGCCCCCAACUGAGGCCCCAACUCCCAGCCCUGGGCGGCCGCAUCAUCAGGUGCUCCUGUGCAACUCCACCAGCAUGGGAGCCAGCGCCGCGCAGGAAUGGGGGGUCCCCUGUGCUCCCUCGCCAGAGGAGCAUUUGCCAAGGUCAGUGAGGGGCCGGUAGGCCACCCGGAGAAGCAGCACCGACAAUGACAGCGAUACCAGAUCCCUUCCCAACCCCUUUGUA